AUGGCAUCCCAAUCCUACCUACUCCUACUUCCAGGAGAUCCAAUCUCCUACCCUCAUCAACAACCAAGCCAUCCUGCUACCACCACCAAGCUCUCCUCAGGCCUACGCACGCUCCAAACACCCUCCUCCAACAAAAACAGCACUGCACUAAUAACGGCAACCCAAGCUGGCCUCCUAACAACCGAUCCCAAACGAAACGUUUUAACGCUCCACACAUUCCCCCAACGCCGCUACAUCCCAUCCCCCAAUGACUUUCUGAUCGCCCAAAUCCACCACUCUAGCGUCGAUUACUUCCACUGCAACAUAACCCCGCACACCCCGUACGCGCUCUUGGGCCAGCUAGCAUUCGAGGGCGCGACGCGCAAAACCCGCCCGCUCCUUAAACACGGUGACCUCGUGUACGCGCGCGUGUUAUCUACCGGCUUGGGCAAUGCGGGGGAGGUGGAGCUUACAUGUGUGAACCCGGCUACGGGGAAGGCGGAGCCUGGUGGUCUGGGGCCGUUGGCUGGUGGGAUGGUGUUUGAUAUCUCUACGGGAUUGGCGGAGAGGUUGUCGUUGAGGGGUGGCAGUGAAGGAGUUAGUGGGGUUAUGGUGUUAGAGGAACUGGGGUCGAGAUUGGAGAGCCAUGGCGGGUUUGAGAUUGCAGUUGGGAGGAAUGGGAAGGUUUGGGUAGAUUGCCCGGUUGCGAGGAAGGGAGGCGGUGGAGAUGUGGAUGCGGCGAAGGCAGUUAAGACUAUAGUUGCGGUGGGGAGAUGUUUGAGGGAGACGGAUGAGAAAAGGCUUGGGACUUCGGAGCAGAGGAAAUUAGUUGGGGUCGUGUUGAGGGAGAUGGGAUUGUGA